GACGACUUUAGAAGACUUUUUUUAUCCGUAUCGUGCUGGGCAUGCAUAUCAGUCAAGUCAGCCCUUCCCCUAAUUUCUGGAAGUGCAGUGCACGAGGACUUUAGAAUUUGCACCUGGCUUGGCUUAUAUUUAGACGUAUGUAUGGAGGCUGGAUAGGGAUCGAGGGGACGGACCCUUGAAUAAAUAAAUUUGGGUGUUAGUAGAAUUCUUAGAACUAAUACUAUUUGAGGUGACAUGAGAUGAGACGAUAUCGACGACAAAGUGAGACUCUUCACUCACCCACUACCCGAUGGUAAUGUGACUGAUAAGAAAUAAGAGUAGAAUUCUAGGAAAACAUGGUUGUAAUGAAUGUAUUACAAGCAUUCGAUGUUACAGUUGUAUUAUCAUCAGGUAAUUAAAAAAAUAAUGUUUUGGAAAUUGUCAAACAAAUUUAGAAUUAAAAUCAAGGACCAACAAUAACAUUACUGAGUUGUCAUUGAUAAGAAACAGAUAACUCAUACGAUUAGAAUCCUCGAAAGACGUGGUUAUUUGCAUAAAACAAUACUUUCGAUACUACACUUACAUCAUCAUCAAAUAAUUAACAAAAAUAAUAUCGUGGAAAUUGUCAAGCAAAUUUAUAGUUAAAAUCAAGGAUACCAAUAAUCUUACUAAGUUAUCAUUGAUAAGAACCAUUCACUACUUACUUACACAUCAAUACCUCAAAUGAGACAUAAUAAUAUUCUGCCCGGAAUUUCUCAUACCGAGAAAUCUGGACAUAUAUUUCCUUAUCCAGCCCGGAGAUUCCCAGCCGGGUACUGUUCGCCACCUGAUGGCGGUUUGCGGAAUGGUUCACAUUUUUGUGGGCUGUUUGGUUCAGAGUUCCAAAGGCUGUGACAGAUCUUCGGAGCUUCAGAAUAAUAUGUACAUUGAGAUAGGAGAUUGUUGACUUGACAAAUGCUGCAGGUCGUCGACGAGUCUGGAGGUGGUUAUCUUUCUGACCUGGGCGCCAGUCAGAGGAAGGAAUGAGUUUGCUUCACGGAAGACAUGAUCUUAAUCCACCUCCGCAAAUUUAAGAAUUGGGUCGUCUGGUCUUGGACUUAUCUCUGGGCCUUCUGGUUUCUCCUUGUUGUAUUUGUUCUCUACUAUUUGAGAGGACCUCUUAAAAUAUCUGAAAAUAUCGGCAUGGCUACCAUGUUUUUGAGCACGUUGACGCCAAAGUUCUAUGUCGCGUUGACUGGGACGUCGUCGCUUAUUUCGGGACUGAUUUUGAUUUUUGAGUGGUGGUACUAUCGCAAAUAUGGGACUUCCUUUAUUGAACAAGUCUCCCUCAAUCAUUUGGGACCUUUGCUAGGUCCUCAAGAUUAUAAUGGAAAUACGAACGGCGAAGCGAAUGGGAACGCAACGUCGCCAAGUCAAACACAAUCUACGCAAGAGUGUAAAGUUUGGCGAAAUCCAAUGAAUUUAUUCCGUGGUGCAGAAUAUUUACGUUACUUCAACCAAAUGAAGAAAGAACCGUUAACAUUUUAUGACAUGAACUUGUCAGCUCAAGAUCACCAGACAUUCUUUACUUGUGAUAGUGAUGCAAACAGAUCUGAAUACUCUAUUAUGCAGACUGCGUGGAGAGAGAGGAAUCCUCAGGAGAGAGUCAAUGGAGCCAAGGCGGCGCUGGAGAAGAAUCCAGACUGCGCCACGGCUUACAUCCUUCUCGCAGAGGAAGAUGCUUGUACAAUCGUCGAGAGUGAAAAACUACUCAAACAAGCCAUGAAAGCUGCAGAGUCCAAUUUAAGAAAGUCACAAUUAUCCCAACCUCAUGGAGGGAAUGGUGACAACGUUUUAAGGAGGGACAUCAAUGUAUUGAUAUACAUAAAGCGACGAUUAGCAAUGUGUGCUAGAAAACUUGGGAGAUUAAAAGAAGCUGUUAAAAUGUUUCGCGAUUUAACGAAAGAGGUGCAGCCCAUCAUGAGUGUGCUCCACGUACAUGAGAAUCUCAUAGAAGCCCUUUUAGAAAUGCAAGCUUACGCCGAUGUUCAAGCCGUCCUGGCAAAAUACGACGACGGCUCUGUCCCCCGAUCAGCAGCUCUGUGCUACACAUCCGCACUUCUCAAAGUUCGACAGGUUUCUGAAAAGUUCAUGACAGAAUCCGGCUUAAUAAAACGAAGUCUGAGCGCUUCAGAGAUGAAUGCGAUUGAAGCAAUUCAUCGAGCUGUUGAAUACAAUCCACACGUACCCAAGUAUCUCCUAGAAUUAAAACCAAUGGUAUUCCCACCUGAACACUUGUUAAAAAGGGGUGAUUCUGAAGCCGUCUGCUAUGUAUUUUUCCAUUUGCAACAUUGGAAAAGAGUCGAUGGAGCGUUACAAUUGCUAGCUUGCACGUGGGAAGGAACAUUUGCAUCAAUUCCACGACCAUUGGAAAAGGGGAACCUAUUCUUUCCCUAUCCUCCCUGCACCGAGUGUCCAGAUCGUGAAAUAUUGCCAGCCCAUCACGAAGUAAGCGUCUUUCCCGAACGUGAAACCCCAUUCUUUAUCAUGUUCACUGCGGGUCUGUGCACUUUUACGGCACUUAUUGCAUUUCUAACUCACCAAUACCCCGAUCAGAUGGCCAUUGUUGCCAAAACUGUCGUUGGAUGGAUGUCUCUCCCAGUCAUUUAUAUAAUGGACAAACUUGAAAAUCUGUUGCCAGCAAGCUUUCUUCAAAUCCUAUCCAGAGUAUAACCACCACCGACAGCAGUUUAUCUUCAUUUGUCUGAAUUGGACUAGUCUUUGUCGAUUCGACGCCGCAAAUAAAAAUACUCCAACAUCAUAAACUUCCAACGCAAAGUGACAAGUCAGCCAUUCACCCACCCAAACCACACCAAACUCUGUAAAGAAAGAAGUACCACCAUCAUCAUAAUCCAUGACACACCCACUCAACAAGCUACUUCACUCCAUGGGGAAAAACGGAAUAAUAAUAAUUACCUCUAGUCAGUCAUCUUCAUCCGUGCAGUGACUUGACGGUACGAUACUGAGUUUUAAGAUAUGUUAAAAUCUUAAUACAUUAACUGCUUCCAAUUUCUCUAAUACUUCCAAAAAGAAUGUAUCAAACAUGGUGAUAUAAUAAUAAUUCAAACGGGAAAUAAUAAUUUCGUUGCUUGGUUAAAACAUAAUAAUUUUACGGAGUGGAGAAAAUUUACGAUUUUUACGAUAUUCCGAUAGUAUUUUAAUUUGAUACUUAUAUACUUUUUUGACUUCAGGCCAUUCCCAAUUAUAAUUAGUAUAAUCAAAUCACUGCGUUUAUUUGCUCUUAUUUAUAAUUUGUAUCCUUACUUAAUUCUAAUAAUAAUAAUUAUGCAGCCAAUAAUUAAUUUUAUAUUAUUAAUAACUGGGUUUGUUAACAGAAAAGUGGAGAAGUACUUGUAAUCCAAGAGCUGAUAAAAGGCAUUCAUCAUUGUUGUUCUCGUACAUAUAAAUUGUCGCUUAGACAGAAGACAGUGCAAGACAGUUAGUUAGUUAAUUACUUGUAGUCCGCAUGCGUAUUUAGUACUACUUUUAGACAUAGUGAAACCACGGGUAUUAUAAUAUUGCUGACAUUUAUUUACAAGCAAUAUCGUUAUCGGGUCACAUCGGUUGUUAUCUAUUUACUUACUUUUCUCUGCUAGAUUACGUAGAUACACGGUGCGCGAUGCAAUACCAAAAAAUACUUACCAACAACAAUGAACCACACGACACGUGUUAGAAAAUAUCCAACAUUUUGCCUUAGACGAUUAACCAAGCAUUAAUUUCUUAAAAUUCAUUACCAAUUCAAAACUUUACCUUGACAGCAAUACGCUCUCUAAUAAUAAAGGAGGGCGACGAUCAUCGGCAGGAUGUGUGUGUGUGUUUUUUCAUAUUUAGCCUCACUGAUAACUACUUAACAUUGUUCUUUAUUGUUCUUAUUUGUACUAGAAAAUUGUCCUCGUCGGUAUCCGUAUCCGUAUUUGUGGUGGUAUUUAUUGUUGGUUAAAGAUGAUGACAACGGUGCGUAAUCAGUGUCCCUCAAUUAGUAGAUAAGUAGAUAUCGUCGUAAUUUUUUGUCGGGAUGUUUCAUGUUCUUCCAUCCCAUCGCUGUCUGUGGUAUUAUUAUUUUGUGGACUGAUGACUUUUAAAGAGAAGAAUGAAAGCAAUGCAUGAUGGGGAAAAAGAGGGUCAAGUUAUGUAGCUAAAUACAUACACAAUUAAAUAAUGGAUGAUUGAUAAUACACAAUUAUUAAUCCAAGUGCUGAGAAAUUAAUUAAUUAAUUAAUUAAUUAUCUACUUCAGCAGAACUGACUAGUCAUACUCAUUAUGAAAAAAAACUCAUCAUGCUUCGUCAACAUGGAGGAAAAGGUAUGUAAGUAAAAGUGGAAAUUGUCUCGUUUAUUUUAAAAUUAUAAUUUUAUUCUUGUCCGUGAGUAUAGUUUUUUUUUCUUUUGUAAUUAAUUAUCAAUGAAUUUAUCAUCUCUUAGCGCGUCGAAUUGUUAGUAGAGUAAUACUAAUAAUUAUUAAGACUACAUAAUUAAUUAGCAAUGAUGAUUAAUGACAUUAAAAUUUUUGCAAAUACAUAAGUAUACCUCAUACGUAAAUAUGUAUAUGUACUACGACAUAAACUGUAAUCAAAUAUACUUCAAAAGACUAAAAACAUUGGAACAUGCCGUUCAAGAAUAAUUUGUGACGGGAGGAGUUAAGGAAUAAAAUAUUUUAUUCUUGUGAAAAUUUUACUCUUGAAAAAAAA